AUGGCUGAAUACGAUCCCAGCCACCAAAGCGGUACUUGGGAUGAUGAUGAGGGUUAUGAGAUGGCAGAUGGCAACCACAAAGAGCAUAUUGAAGAGCAUAGCAACGAUGAAGAUCAAGCACAGUAUUCUGUCAACAUUGCCCAAGAUGCCCCAGGUGACCACUCAUCUUCUGAUGGCGCCACCGACGAUGGUGGUGACUAUGAUCCAGAAUCAGUCACUUUUGCACCGGUUGAGACUCAGGUUCCCCUGAGGUCUUCUCCGCCGCGUGCUGCCAAGAAGAAACCUCGCACGGCAGGAGGCUUCCUAGUGGGAGACUCUGAGUCUGAAGAUGAUGAGGCAUCUGAGUCUGCUUCUAGUGGCGCUGCAUCGCAGUCAUCUGUCCCACAACCCCAGCCACAACCACCUAUAACUACCCAGCCUGCCAGUGCUACUGGCGCUCUGCCCAACGCAUCUCCUGCUCCUCAGUCAAAUGCCGCUGCGACUGUUGCCGUCGCCAAAUCGGAGAAUGGCGAGCCUAGUGCUUCCUCUGCUCUGGGAGCUGCAGUUGGCUCCGAGUUUCCAGCCCCCGUUGAUGACAAGAUUGCUCAGCUGGAAAACCGCAUUCGGGACGAUCCGCGCGGUGCUAUGGAUGCCUGGUUGGCGUUGAUUGCAGAGCACCGAUCGAGGACCGAUGUUGAGCAAGCGCGGAAGACAUAUGAUCGGUUCUUUGCCGUUUUCCCACAAGCUGCUGACGUUUGGGUCGAUUAUCUAACCAUGGAGUUGGAGAUGAACAACUUUCCAGAAGCGGAGCUCAUUUUCAACAAGUGCCUCUUGACGACGCGCAAUGUAAACCUGUGGACCAAAUACCUCGACUAUAUCCGCCGGAGGAAUGACUUGAAUGACAGCACUGGUCAUGCUCGUCAGACUGUUUCACGCGCUUAUGAGUUUGUCAUUGACAAUAUUGGCCUCGACAAGGAUUCAGGCAAGAUUUGGGCUGAAUACAUUCAGUUCCUCAAGUUUGGCCCUGGCACUGUGGGAGGGAGUCAAUGGCAGGAUCAGCAGAAGAUGGACCAAUUGCGCAAGGCUUACCAGCGAGCCAUCUGUGUCCCUAUUGCCAACGUGAACACCUUGUGGAAAGAGUACGAUCAGUUCGAGAUGGGACUUAACAAGCUAACCGGCCGCAAAUACAUGGCGGAAAAGUCCCCGUCUUACAUGUCAGCAAAGAGCGCCAAUACCGCGCUCGAAAACAUCACCAGAGGAUUGCAACGCACGACUCUUCCUCGAUUACCCCCUGCGCCCGGCUUCGACGGCGACCAGGAGUACAUGGAGCAGGUUGAGAUCUGGAAGAAGUGGAUUGCAUGGGAAAAAUCCGACCCCCUAGACCUCAAGGAUGACAAAGACCAGCCAGAUCUGUACCAGAAACGCAUUCUCUACGUUUACAACCAGGCAUUGAUGGCCCUGCGGUUCUGGCCUGAGAUGUGGGUCGACGCUGCGCAGUGGUGUUUCGACAACAAUGUCACAUCAGCAGACGGAAGUUCAACUGGCCUCGAUUUUCUCACUCGGGGUAUUGAGGCAAACCCAGAGAGCGUCUUGCUCGCUCUGAAGCAUGGCGACUAUAUUGAAGCUACCCAUCCGAUCGAGGAGAACGACGAGUCGAAGAUCGCACGGGGCAAGGCGGUCCGUGCUCCGUACAACAAGGUGUUAGACACCCUCUAUGGUAUAAUCAAGAGCUUGAAAGAUCGGGAGACUGCAGAGAUCGCGCGCAUCGAGGAAGCUGCUAAAGCAGCUGCCGGGACAUCUGACAGCAAGGAUGAGGACGAUGAGGACGAUGAAGAUGAAGCUGGGGCCUCCGACAAAGAUGCCAAGGACAGCAGGACGGAUCACCAGAUACGCGCCAUCAAACAAGCUUAUGCUGCCCAGACGCAGGUGCUUUCACGAACCAUCUCGUUUGUUUGGAUUGCCUUGAUCCGUGCGAUGCGCCGCAUUCAGGGCAAGGGAAUGCCGAAUACAGAGCUUGGUGGUAUGCGGCAAGCUUUCCAAGAUGCACGCCAGCGUGGCCGUCUCACCAGUGACGUGUAUGCUGCUGUCGCAAAGCUGGAGUGGUACAUCUACAAGGAACCAGCAGGAGGCAAGAUAUUUGACCGUGGAGCCAAGCUCUUCCCAGAGGAUGAGUAUUUCACUUUGGAAAACAUCAAGUAUCUGCAUUCACGGGAUGACUUUACAAAUGCUCGCGUGCUCUUCGAAACCGUUGUCAACCGUCUAACUCAGAAACCGGAGCUUGUGCACAAGGCCAAGCCGCUCUAUGCUUACUUCCACAAGUAUGAGUCGCAGUUUGGCGAGCUGGCUCAGAUCUCCAAAUUGGAGAAGCGCAUGGCAGAGCUCUUCCCGGAAGAUCCCAAACUUGCCCACUUCAGCGCACGGUACUCAACAGAGAAAUUCGACCCGAUUGCAGCCAGGAUCAUAGUCUCGCCAGCUACUCAGCUUAGGCCCAAGCAAUUGAUCCCCUCGAUUGAGCAGGCCACAUCUAUUUCCAACUCUCCUCGCCCCGCACCGUUCGGGACGCGACAUAGCCCUGCGUCGCAUUUCAUGCCGGCUACAAAUUCCCCCAAGAGGCCGCUUCCUCUUGAUGAUUUCGACGAGCCGAAUCCGCCGCGGAAGAUCCAACGAAAUGACUACGGCGAAUUCCAGCGUGGCGCAUCACCGCUGAAAGGUGCCGCUGGUCGCCGGCUGGAUCAGCAGCGUCGUAUGCAGGGUCAGGGCGCUGCCGCAUACAACGCUGCUCCAGCUCCGAUCGCUCGAGACAUUACAUUUCUGCUAAGCCAGAUUCCCCGGGCCGACCUCUACGACCAUUUCCGGAUCAACCCCGCCAAGUUGACCAACAUGCUUCGGGAUACUCAUGUGCCGGACUAUUCUGCCUGGAAAAGCAGUCGGCAGGCUUCUGAGUAUUCCGUUCAAUAUGGUUACCACAGCCGCGACUCGCCAGCGCCUCCUGGCGGCGCUCGCCCCCUGAGCCCCUACCCAGGAGACGGGGCACGCGGCCGGAUGCCUCCUGCGUCUACUUCGUACAGGCAGUCUUCGCUCAGGCCAGGUUCUAGCGGCUCCUAUGAGCCUCCUCCGGCGGUGUACGCCCAGUCUGGGCCACCUCCACCCCAGGGACAGUACAAUGUCCCGCCUCCGGCCCCGGGACAGUAUGAUGCUGGUGCCGGUGCCCCUUGGCUGGCAUAUCCCCCUGCGCCUGUGGUUCAGCAGGGUUACGGGCAGCCGCCGCCGCCGCAGUUGGGAUAUGGCCAGGCUCCGCCCCCGCCUGCUCCAGGCGGCUACCCCCGCUAUUACUAG